AUGGCAUCCCUUCCACUCCCUCGUGUUGAGUCCUUGGUGGACUACACCUCCUUCAAGCUUACGGUUCUGCCCUACUUGGCCCAGCUGCAAUGGCUCCCCGCAAGCUUGCGCGAAGCUGGCCGGAAUGUUGAUAGCUUGAAGGAAAUUUACCUGGCCACCAACCCCAUGGUCUCCGCACUCGCACUGUGCUCAGUCUUGGCCGGACUUUUCUUUUUAGCCGCGGAAAUCAACCGCAAUUUUUCGCAAGUGGAUCGCUUUUGGAGCAUCCUGCCCGCUGUUUAUAAUGUGCAUUUCGCCGCUUGGGCGCGUUUGGCUGGUAUCCGCACCCAGACUUUGGAUACUAUUGCUGUUAUCAGCGUAAUUUGGAGUAUUCGCUUGACCUUCAACUAUUGGCGGAAGGGUGGCUACACAAUUGGCUCGGAGGACUACCGCUGGGCGAUUGUGCGGUCGAAGGUGAACAACACUUUCCUUUUCACCAUCUUCAACUUCACUUUCAUUGCCGCGACCCAAUCACUCCUGCUCCUGCUCAUCACGGCCCCAACCUAUACUUUCGUGAUCGCCGCAUACAACCAGGGCACCGAAGCCUUCGGUCUUCCCGACCUCGCCUUCUCUCGCGGUGCGCUCUUCUUGAUCAUCAUCGAGUACUUUGCCGAUCAGCAGCAGUGGAACUUCCAGACCGCGAAGCAUGAGUACCAGAAGACCGCGCGCAUUCCUGAGCCCUACAAGGACCAGUACACCCCCGAGGACCUUGAGCGUGGCUUUGUGGUCAGCGGUCUCUGGUCAUGGUCGCGCCACCCCAACUUCGUUGCCGAGCAGGCUGUGUGGCUUACCAUGUACGCCUGGGCUGCCUACCGCACGGAGACCUACGUCUCAUGGAUUGGCCUUGGCGUCGUGGGCUACCUGCUCAUCUUCCAGGGUAGCGUACGCUUGACUGAAGCGAUUAGCGCGGAGAAGUACUCCGAGUACAGCGAGUACCAGGCUCGCGUGGGCAGAUUCAUCCCCCGUCUGUCCGUGGAGGCCAAGAAGUCCAAGCCCGCUAGAAAGAAGGCUGCUGCCAAGAUCGAGGGAGCUGAGGCUACUGAGGAGAUCGAGGCCAAGAAGAGCAAAUAA